AUGUUGCCACUUUUUAUUAUCAAAUAUGCAAUUCAUCGUGAUUUAGCAACACAAAUGAUAACUCAUAAGUUUCUAAUCAAUUAUCCUUUGAUACUCACAAUACCUAUUGCAUAUACUAGUUUCGCUGUAUUUUUUAAUGAAUCAAUUUAUACUAUAUCAGACUAAAAUUCAAAUAGAGACUUAAGCUUCUUCUUCUCAAUUAUGAAUUUACUUUUUUUGAUUUUUUUAACUGGAAUUCAUAUUUAUUUUGCUCGUUGUGAAACCAUUAUGGAUGACAAUAAUAUUUUAAAAUUAGAAUAAUCAAUUCCGAAGAAGAUUUUGGAAAAUUUACUUUUACUUUCAAUUAUUGCUUUAAAAUAAUCAAAUCAAUUGCAAUCCUUAAGAGUUAUUUUAUUACUUAUUAAAUAUUUCUUGUAUAUCGUAUAAUCACUAAAAUGGAUUAAUGAAAAGCACUUUUUAAUAAUUGAAUGUAUUUCCUCUUCUAUAACUGUUGGGAUUGCACUUCAAUUAGCAUUUUUUGAUAUUCUAUUGAUAGGUUUGCUACUAGUAUCAAUCAUCUUAUCAGUUUAAGAUUAUGUUUUAUCAUUUUAUAUUACUACGAAAGAAUAAGAUAAUUUUGUUACAAUAUAAGUAUAAUUAAUAUAUAAUUAUUUUUAGAUAAUAGAAGAAUGUUUAAAAAUGGGUACCAACUCAAAACAUGCUAUCAUCCUUAAAACUAUAACAAAUAAUCAUGUAUGUCCAAGAAAGACAAAAAGAGUUGAAUCAAUAACAGAUUGUUUAUUAAGAAAAAUGGCAAAUACGAAGGAAUAAUCAAACAAGAAUAGAAAUAUUUUAAUAUAUUGUUAAUAUAUAGCCAAUAAUGCCCCAUUAAAGGGAUUAAUUAAAUUAAUCACUGUUAAAACAGAAGAUUUUUAUCAUAGAUCUUCCUAUUCCAAUCUUUGUACAUUAUUGAAUGAUAGAGUUAAAUAAUUUUAAUAAGAAGCAUAAUAACUUAAUGGAAAGAAAAGUUCGAGUGAACAUACCAAUAAUCUGGAUGCAGAGUCUGCAUAUACUACUACAAAUUCAAAUGACCUACUUUUUCCAAUUCUAAGUAAGGCAUUAACUGCCAAAAUCUAAUUUUGGAAUAAACUAAUAAAUGGAUAUCAAGAUAUAGAUUACCUAUUAACUGACACACUCUAAACAACUGAAAAGAUGUUGAAAUGCAAAUUGUCAUUUGAAUAAAGAUUUGACUUCGAAAAUAUGAAAUUAACAAAUGGGAAAACUACAGAUGUACUUACUAUGAGAAUUUUAUAAAUAUUUUAUUCUGGAGUUUAUACUAAUUCUUAUUUAGCUUAUAUGCUAGAGAAAUAGAUUGAAGAUUUAUUAAAGAGCGAACGAUUUAAAGAGGAAGAAUCUUUAGACAAUGUUCAAUUAGUGGAAAGUAUUUAUUUUGCAUACUUUAAUUCUAGAUAGAAUAAUAAUAUUGAAAACUAGUUUAGUUAGAAAAAGAGGAGAACUUAUAGAUAUUAAUAAUAAGCAAUUAAGUUAAUUCUUAAAUGAGAAAGACGAGGCAAUAAAGCAUAUAAAGCAUUGCACAUAGUUAAUGCCUAAAUUUUUAGCUCAAAUCCAUGACAAUUUAAUGGAUAAUUACACUUCUAAUGGUUAUUCAAAACUCAUGAUUCAUGGAGAAUCUAGUUUCUAUGAAUUGUUGACAGGCUAUUUGGAACCUUGUAAUAUAAACUUAUAUAACUUUUAUGAUAAUGAGCAAGAUUUCAUACUCAACAUGAUAAUGACCAAAGUUUAAUCAAAAAAUGAAACAAUUCUGUUUGGAAUAGAUGGCAGAAUUUUAGGAUUUACUAAAUAAUUUUAUGAGGAGGCCUUUAAAGAUUAAACCUUAAGUUCUCGCUAAACGCUUUCAGUACAAGAGUUAUUGAUUAGAAUGCCACUAAUAGCAUUUUACAUUCCAUCUAUUAUAAAUUAGACACAGGAACUACAAGCAUAAAUAAACUCAUCAUCAAAUUAUUUGCUCAAUAAUUUAAAAUCACAAUGGAUCAUUCCCGAUAGUCAUUUGGAAUGCUUAUAAACAUCAACAUUAAUAUUGUCUUAAUUUAAAAAGAAACAAGACGGCUCCAAUUAUAGAUCCUUAAAAUCUUAAACGUAAUCAAGAUAUUCUCAAUAUUCUUAAAAUACAUAAAUUGAAAAUUAUGAUGACAAAGAUUUCUCAAAGGAUUUAAAAAGUUUAAUUAUGAUCAAUUAAAAUCCUAUUAUAUUAUUGCAUCCUGAAUACAAUGAAUUAAUCACACGUUAAAUAAGUUAUAACAAUAAUUAGAAUUCUUCACUUGAAGUUCACUAUAGUCUCUAAUACAAAACACUAAAAAUGAAAAAAGGAGAAUUUGGCUAUUUCCAAAUAUCUAUUAAAGAGUAUAAAAAGUGGUCCUUAUCAUUAUCAUAAACAGGUGCAUAAACUAAUUAAACAACAAUAGAAAUUUAAUAAUCAAUUAAUGUUGCGAGUGACAAUGGAGUGAAAAGUAGAUCUUAAUAAAUGAGUAAUGUAAAUUCAGAUAUUUCAGAAAAAUUUGAAGAAGGUUUAAAAGAUAUUAAAUAGGUUUAAUAUUUUAAUAGUUUAUAACACUUUAAAGACAACAAUAAUAGUGCAAAUUAAUCUAAAUUAUAAUCUGUUUCAAAUUCAAGAUUAAUAGUUUAAAAACUAGGCAACACUGAAAGAGUAUUUGAAUCAGAAUAAUAAACUGCUGGGUAGAUAUCGCUUGCUACGAAUACAAGAAGGUGCAAUUCAAAUUUAUUUUUGCAAUCUUAAUUUACACUUUAGCCACAAUAUGUUUAACCAAAAAUAUUUGAUAUAAAAAUACUACAAGAAGUGAAUGAUAUUGAAAAUGAAAUGAAUUUCAUUGAAAAUUAAGAAUAAAUUAAAGAACAGCAGGAUAUUGAUCAAAAAAACCUUUACGAUUAGGAAGAUUAAUUAGAGGUUGUCCAAUCAAAUAGUUAGAGCGAUAAAAAGAAGUCCAACAUUCUAGAGAAAUUUUAAAAGUCAUAAUUAAGAAAGCAAAAAGAUAAUUAUGGAGAUUUUUAAUCAAAUCCAUCUAGAACUUCAACUAGUUCGACGUCGAAAGAGGCACUUACAAUAGUGUAACAACUCUACGAUAAUAAAAAAUUGAUUAGUCCUCUGAAGAAAAUUUCACUUUUAUUAGUAAUAAUCUGUUGUGGUGUUUUAACUAUUAAUAUUAUCAAUGUUAAUGAGAUAGAAAAUAACUUACUAACACAGAUUGACUAAAUAAAUAAUGUCAGAAAACCAUUAAAUAUAAAUUAUUUUUAUUUUGGAGUAAUAUUUUAGUAACUAAGCCAAUUACUACAUGAUAAGAAUAUUUUAGAUCUCAGUCCCUUUUUAGCCAAUAGAAUUAAAGAAUAACUUGUAAAUAUGUAUGAAUAUGGAAGAGAGGUCAUGUUUGAUCAUAUAGUCGAUGUCCCCAUUUUGGCGAAGGCUUUAGAUAUCACAACAUUUCCUUGUAAAAUUGUAGAAAAUAAUGAGAGAGUAACUUUAAACACUACUUUACAUGAAUUUUAUUCUAUUUAUUUUGAGCUUGCUGAAGAUCUAUAUAGAAGAAAUUUGUAAUGCACAAAAAAUUGUGAUUAUUCAGAUUUGUAUACACAAGGCUUUAUCAGAUAAAACUUAGUUAUUAUGAUGGAAUUUCAUGAUUAAUUGAUUGAUUAAAUUACAAAAGUCACUCUCCAAACCUAAAAUGAAGUUAAGGGAGAUUUCUUAUAAAUAAUGCUUGCUGAGAUGUGUGUCAUCUUAUUUUUCAUUGGAAUUUAACUCAAAAUUUGGCUAUUUGUUGAUCAAAUUACUAAACACAUUUUAUUUUUGAUAUCAAGAUUGAAUGAAAUUUAGGCAUUUGAUUAAAUAUAAAAAUUAUCAACAAUUAAAUAUUACAUAGAUUUAGAAAGCAAUAAUUAAUGGAAAAUGACAAACUUUUCUGAUUUAAUGUUUAAAUAUUCAGAAAAAAAAAAAGUCUAAAAAGCUAUUCUUAUAAGUUAAAAAGAAAACGAUAAGAUAAACAACAAUUACAAAUCAACCACUGCCUUGUAUUCCAGAAUCUAAAAGACUUAUUACAUAAACAGAAUUAACGUAAUUCUUACCUUUGCCCUAGCCUUGACUUGGCCUUUAUACUUAAUGACUGGAUAUUUGAUUCAUAUGUAAAACAACAAUGAUUUCUAGCCAUCAUUAGAGGUUACAUUAAAUAUGGUAUAGUUCAGACAUAAUAUGGAUGCUACUGCUAUAUUGGCUGGUUUGAUAAAAAGUGAGGGUUUGUUACCUAAUAAUAAUCUAAAGUUUAUCAACUAAACCUAUAUUAUAGACUUAUUUUCAUAUCUUAAAGAUAAUCUAUCACCUAUCAUAAAUGACAUGGCUACUGUUGUAUUAGAUAACGCUAACCAAAAUAACGAAAAAAGCAGGUUCGACGAUUUAUUGAAUAAUGAUCUGUGUAUAUCUAGUAAUUCUUCAGUUUUAUCAAUGUGCGAGCCUGGGUUAAUCGAACUAUAAUAUUAUGAGUAAUUAUAACCUUUAUUUUAUAGCAAGGACGAUUAUAGCGAUAUCAUUAAGAAUGGAGCCUUGGGAUUUGUAGCUGGUUACCUUAAGUUUAUUAAUUAAGAUUUCAACAUAGAACUUACUACAUAAUAAUACAACCCAAACAAGUCUGAAAAUUUAUAAGAAAUUAAUACAUAGUAAUUCAACAAUUAUUUGAUAUCCUAUGCUACUGAUAUAUUAUAAGUAAUGAGGAAUUUUUUGAUUUUGCUAUAAUUAGAAAAUUAAUCAAUAGCUAAUCAAAUUAUGUCCAUUAUUAAAGCAUAUUAUUUAGGAUUAGGCAUUAGGUAUUAAAUUAAUAUAUUAAUAGUUUAUUCUUUAUCUAUUCCUUAACAUCUACGAUAUGGGUUUAUUUAGCUUAAAAAUAGAUGAAUUCUUUAAGAUAAAUCUUAGUUUUGAUUCCAGUUGAUUUGAUCCUGAGUGCAAAUAUAAGAAGCUAAGCAAAAGAAAUUCAUAGUUGGUUAUACUCUUGA